GAGACGCGAUGUUCCUUUUUAACAGGGCACAAAAUUCAUUGUCUAGGAAUGUGGAUGUAUGAAUGUAGUUGUGGAGUCUCGGAUACUAGUUUCGAUAGUUCGAGGUUGAUCACCUGUUGGAAUCUUCCGAGCGAGUUAUGUCCAUGUAAAG